AUGGAUGUCAUUGUAAAAAAUUUAUUAGAAGUCAAUCUUCGAAAUUGUUCGAUUGCAUGGGGUUUUGGUGCUAACUACAUCAGUGCUUGUGUCAAUGACAAGAUGAAUAUUACAUUUUUCCAGUUUAUUGACACAGAUCUUGUUCUAAAUAUGGAACAAACAUCAGUUUCAUUCCAAACAAAUACUUAUUCAUCAUUCGCUUUAAUAGCAAAGAAAAUUUCUGUCAAUGUUAUGAAUUCUUCCGCGUUAUUUUACAAUUAUGAAACAAAACUCAACGCUGUUUACAAUUUCGAAUGUAGCUACGUAGAAAUGAAUAUAGAUAGUUUCGAUGAUACCAUAACUACAAACGCUUCUCAUAUAAAACUCCUUACAGAGAAAGUUGGCUUUCAUUUUGACAAAUUCAACAUUUACAUGAACAAUACUAUAUCGGGGAUAUACUCAAAAGAAGUUUAUUUCAACAAAGUUUACUUUUUCUUCGGUUUUGAAAUAAAUUCAAUAAAUAUUUCUCAUUUCGAAACGAAAAAACUUAAUACAAUAAGUGCAAAAUCAAAUAACAUGAUUGGUAACUGGUAUGUAUAUGAUUUCCACAUGCAAAGCUCUAUUUUGAACUUUACAACUUUAUAUUUAUAUAAAACAGUAGAUUUUGAAAUUGAUUAUGCCCAGCAACAGUUUAUUUCAUGUCAAGAAUUGCAUAUCUUUGCUCCUAACUUCAAUGUUCGUUAUCUUUUCGGAAAAAAUAAUAUUGCAGAAGAAGAUAAACUUCACAAGAGGUAUUACAUCAUGAAAGUAGUAACACUGGUUCCGCAUAUACCAUUGGAUAACAUCAAACUCAUCCCUGUGGCCGUAUAUGAUAAAAAUACUGUAAUUGAAAACGCCGAUAAAAAAUUUUCCACUUUACAUAUCAAACAGAGUCCUUCAAAAUCCGAAAUCUACUAUGUACAGAACUAUAAUUUAGGAUGGGCCAUUUCCUACUAUUGCUACGGCUUCUGCUCCCCUGGCGAUGAACCGAAAACAAUCUUGACUGAUGAUACAAUCAAUAUUUGGAGAGAUAGAAUAAGUGAAGUGACAAAAAUUGUCAAAAUUGAGAUAGUUACAAAUUUACAAAUACUUCCUGUUUUCGAUGUAACUGAUUUGAAAUACAGGAACUUCACUUUGUCCGUCUAUUGCCAUCCAACUGAAUUUUGUAAUGUAAAGUUAAUUUGUGACAAACCGAAAAUUCCUCUCAAAAUUGAAGUUGAAAAUCUGAUUCUUCAACUUACAGAUUUUGGUGAUGAGUCGUCAUUUAGUCUAAUCAAUGGUUCUUUGAAUGAUAUUGUUGAUGCAACACGUUGCAAAGAAAUUACAACUAAUUUGGAAUAUGUCAACCAAUUUUUGAUAACUUCCAAAACGAAUAUGAUCGUUAUUAUGCCAAAUAAGAACUAUAUGUUCUCUUUCUGCGGUGAUAUGGUCUAA